AUGUCGAUACUAAAUGCUAAUAUCUAUAAAUCUAAUUUCGAUACUACUGCUGGACUAUCUGUUUCAGAGAGUACUUUUGAAGAAAUCCCAUAUUAUGAACAAACCAUUAAGGACAUCAUCGAUGGAAAUAAAUAUACAUGUAUGAUCUGUACAGUGGAAAUGGAUCCCUACUGUCAAAUGUAUAAUUGUCCAAAAUGUUAUAGAGUUUACGAUUUCGAAUGCAUAAAACAAUGGGCUACAAAAUCAAUCAAGAAAAACACUCUUGCUGUUGCAAAUAACAAUAACACAGACCAUCAAUCACAUCCACAAGGCUGGAAAUGUCCUAAUUGUUACUAUGUGUCCAAAAGGUUUCCUAAAGAGCCCACGUGUUGGUGUGGCAAAAAUAUUAAACCAGAACCAAAUGUUUUGAGUCCGAAUUCCUGUGGCCAAACCUGUGAAAAUAAAGCACAUUGUGAACAUGGGUGUAUGAAAACAUGUCAUUUAGGUCCACAUCAAUCUUGUUCAGUUAUGAUUGAUAUAUAUUGUAAUUGUGGAUCUGAAAGUAAAAAAAUAUUGUGUUCCUCCUUAAAUCCCAAAUCCUCAAAAAAUAUGUCAUGGGGGGGAAAUAGAAAAUUUAAUUGUGGCAAAAAAUGCGGGUUGUUAAUGCCUUGUGGUGUUCAUUAUUGUGAUAAGAUUUGUCACUCGGGCCCUUGUGGUAAAUGUACUCAACUUAUUUAUGAUAAGGGCAAGGGUUUAAUAAAAUGUUACUGUGGUCUAGAAAAUAAGUCCCAAAUUACGUGUAGUGAUAUUAAUGUUAUAGGUAGUUCCAAAAAUUGGGUUGGAAGCUUUGCCUGUAAUAACAAAAGAUUUUUAAAAUACGAUUGUAAUAUCCACGAAUAUUGUGUUGGCUGUGAGCCAGUUCCCAAAUCCAACAAGAAAAUUCAUUGUCCAUAUUCUCCUGACAUUUUAAAAGCUUGUCCCUGUGGUGCUACGUCUAUUCCAAAACAAAAAAGAACCAAUUGUACUGAUCCUAUUCCUACUUGUGAAAAUGUGUGUGAGAAACCGUUGAAAUGUGGUAAGCAUAAAUGUCCGUACACUUGUCACAAUGGACCAUGUAUGGAUCCAUGUUUAAUUAUUGAGAAAACAGCGUGUGCUUGUAAUUCGAAAACUUUUUUGACCCCAUGCGGUUAUGAAGCGACACCAAGUUGUACUAUGAAGUGUGAACAACUAAUGUCAUGUAAACGGCAUCAUUGUAGAAAUAUUUGUUGUGAGGGGAAACCAGCUGCUAUAGAGCGUGCUAAACACCCAAUAUUCAAUAAAAAUUUAAAAAAUGACGAGAGUUUGGUGGAAGCUGUUCAUAUUUGUUUAAAACCGUGCAAUUUAAAGUUAUCGUGUGGCUUGCAUUAUUGUCAAAGAAAAUGUCAUCCGGGAAAGUGUCCACCAUGUUUAGAAAGUGAUUCGAAUGAUUUGGUGUGCCCUUGUGGGAAAACAAUUAUUCCUGCACCGGUUCGUUGCGGUACCAAAUUGCCGACCUGUUUAUUUGAUUGUUUAAAAGUUGGUACAAAUAGAUAUGGUUGUAAUCAUAAAAUACCACCACAUUUAUGUCACGAGGGUGAAUGUCCAAAAUGUACACAUAGCGUGAUUAAAAAAUGUAGAUGUUAUAGGCACGAAAAAAUACGUACUUUAUGUUAUCAAACGGAUGUAAGUUGUGGGAAACAAUGUUUGAAACCAUUGCCAAAUUGUCCUCAUAAGUGUACUAAGAUUUGUCACACUGAUUCAUGUUUACUUAAUUGUUCAAUGAUUUGUGGUUUGACUAGGGAGUCGUGUGGCCAUAAAUGUGUUGCCAAGUGUCAUGGUAACAAGCCAUGUGACGAGGUUGGUCUAAACUGUGAAAAGUUAGUUGAUAAAACUUGUCCGUGCGGUAGAAUUAAAUCUUUACAAGUGAAGUGCUUUGAAACUAAAUGUUUGCCCCCAAUCAACUGUGAUGAAACUUGUGCUGCAUUAAAGAGAAGAUUAGAAUUAAAAAAGGCUUUAGGUUUAGAUCACAGUGCCACUAAUGGUGUUGUUGUAACUGCUUCCACAACCUUUGAAGAUUUGAAUUUGCCACACACUGAGCAAGCUCUAUUGAUUUACCAUAAACAAAGUGCCUGGUGUAACGAAAUCGAUAAAACAUUAAAAAAUUUUAUUUCUGAAAACACCAAAAUGUCGUUCCAUUUCAAACCCAUGAAAGCCCCACAAAGAUUUUUUAUUCACGAAUUAUGUAAAAGUUAUCAACUUUAUUCGGAAUCGCAAGACUAUGAACCUAAAAGGUCAGUUUUUGUUAAAAAAAAUAUUGAAAAUGGGAAUAUAAAAAGCGUUUCUCCCAUAAUAAGUUUGGAAGAAUCUUACAAAGUAUACUCCAAUUUUAGAGAACAAUUGAAAAAACUAAAAAUCCAAUACCAUGAAGCAAACGUUUCUAAAGAAUUUUACAAUUUACCGGCACCUGAACCUGCCACAGUUGCUAUUGGUUCGACCAAAUAUAAUUGUAUUGUAGUUCAAUGUAUGAAUGAUUCUAUUAAUAAAAAAUGUAAUAUUAUGAAUAUCCAAGAGAUUUUUGAUAAGUUUUUAAGAUUUUCACUAAUUGGUGGUAUGGAUUAUUUUGAAAGUCUGUAUAAAAGUGAACGAAAGUGUUAUAUUGUUAAACCCAUAAGAGAAAUGAAUGAAAAUAUUGAAAAGGAUAUGAAAAUGUUAUUGCCACAUAUAACCAAAUCAUUACACAAUAAGUAUGGUGAGCAUUCGGUGGUUCUCGGGAUGGGUAAAGUUGAUCAAGAUGCUAAUAAUACAAUCAUUAUUUUUGAAGAACAAGGAAUGGAACAACAAGAGGAUGUUCAUUCGAAGACGAGUUAA